GCUCAUUCGCGGUCGGUGGAGUCCAGGGGUCCGUGAGCUUCCGUCACCUGGGUCGCAUCGCAGGUCGGGCUGUGGGGAGGCCGAGCCUGCGCGCGGAGGCGCCCCGUGCUCGCUCCCAAGGCCAGAAGUGCAGGCCCCGAAGUGUGCUGGGAGCAGGAGCCACUUAGCUGGAGGCACCAGAACCGGGCCAUUUCUGGAGAGUAACCCCAGAGGGCAUGAUGGAGGUCUCUCAGCGCGCCGAGCCCCGAGAGGCCUGGAGGCAGGACGCGGCCGACGACCAAGAGCCGCUCCUGGGGGAGCUGACCAUCGUGGAGGACGAAGGCCCCCGAUGUUACGGGCUCGGGAGAACGGGCAGCCGGCCUGUCAGUCAGUCCGGGAAAACCGCAGAGGGGAGCCCGCAGCGCUGCGCGGUCUGCGGGAAGAGCGGCGGGCAGCGCUCGGACCUGCUCAGCCACCCGAGGAUCCCCUCCGGGAAGGGGCCGCUCCGGUGCAGCGAGUGCGGCGAGAGGCGCAGCCCGAGCACGCGCCCGGCGCGCCCCCGGAAGGCCCUCGGGCCGCAGAGGCCGCACGGCUGCGGGGACUGCGGCAGGGCCUUCGGCUCGCCCGGCGCGCUGCAGCGGCACCAGCGCCUGCACACCGGCCAGCGGCCCUUCGCGUGCGCCGUGUGCGGCAAGGCCUUCACCCAGCGCCCCUACCUGGCGCAGCACCUACGCGUGCACUCGGGCGUGCGGCCCUUCGUGUGCGAGCGCUGCGGCAAGGCUUUCGGCAAGUGCGCGCACCUGGCGCGCCACCGCGGGACGCACGCGUGUGCCCGGGCGCGGCUCGGUGGGGCGCCCGACGCGGAGGCGGCGCCAGCGCAGCCUCGGCGCCAGCACACCGGCUAAUUCGCGUCCCAAACGGCGGGCGGCGCCUUGCCGGGCCCCGCGGAGACACGGCGGGUGGGAGGGAUUAGAGGCAGGGAGGCCGCUGCAGAGCCUUCUUUAGAGGCCUCAUUAUGCCCCCCUCUGAAAGGAGUAUCGGAGAGCCUUGUUAUUGCCAACCUCGGAGUUCCUAUGCCCCUUCCUUGGACGCUGGACGUGAGCGUGUAGGGGUCUGCGGCACUCGGCCCCUGGCUGCACCUCCCCGCGCGGGCUCCUGCUCUGGGCAGGAGGGGCAAGGAGGUCGGUGUGCUGCUUCAGAACGGCCCAGUGGAGGCGGGACCACGGGGCCCGGGUUCCCUUUCGGCCCCUGUGUGCAUGUGGGUAAAUAGCCCUUGUCCGCCCCGCGCUGUGUGUGUCCAGGCUCUGCUCCAGGGCUUGACGGAGGAAGUGCGUGGAAUCCUUGCACCUCCCCUGCCUGAUGCUGUCAGCACCUGUGUGGGGAGCCCGGGGUCCAGGGUCACGACCCUAGGACGACCAGGAUGGUCGCCUCGGCAGCUGGGCGCCAGGAGCUGCCCCGUCAACCACUAGAUACCCAGGAAUCAAGAUGAGGCUCCCUGACCCCUUGUCAGACCCGCAGUGGCACCCUCUCAUUUGCUUCUUCUGGCAGCCUCCUGGGGCUUGGUCUCGUCCCAGGCCCCCAGAAGGAAAUCACGGGGUGAAACAGCCCAGCCCAGAAUGCUGGCCCUGCAGGCUUCUGCCGGCUCUUUGGGGGCCGGGCCCAGGGCCGCUGGCGGACCGAAGUGGUGGUCCUUACAAUUCUCGGAUCGUGAGUGGGGAACCUGAGGGGUGGCGGGGUCCAGGAUGCCCAGACCAUACGCAGUGCCCGGGAAGCUGCUGUUCACUUCCUGAGAAAGAGGAGAUGGGGUGCUGGGUCUUCUGAACCUUGAUCAUGGGUCAGCACAGUAAUCUCUUGGCCUCGCAGUCUGCUGGAGAGUAAGAAUUCGGUUGGCUUUUGUUGUCGGCUUCUGGGAGGGCAUCCUGGAGCCCUUUAAUCACCCAGUGCUGGGGGAGCUUCUGUUAACUCCAGUGGCCCGUCGACCCCUCCUGGGGGUGUGCCGAAAGGGGCCUCUAGGUGGGCCCGGGUCAGUUCCAGGGUAGGGGCUGGUGAGACCUCUAGCUGGAAAGGGCAACUAGAGGGUCUGGGCUUUGGGCCACCUGGUGAACCCACACCUGGGGGGGAGGGGUGCGGGGCUGGGGACAGAGCUUGUCAGGUGGACGUGUUUGAGCUAAAGGCAAUUAAGACCCUGCAGGGUUCAGCAGCGUUUGCCCAAAUACCUAGAAAAGCCUAGUUGGAGUCUUUUCCAGGGUAACAGUCAUUAUCAGAGAUCAUUUUUCCGAGUGACCCACGUGUACCGCAGGGCAAACAUCACAAGCCUGCUCUCCAUUGCCCUGGCAGUGCCCUGCCCCCUCUGAAGCCUCCCAUCGGUUCCUUAGGCCAGGAUGGCAUAUAGUCCUCAUUUUACCUGUUUUGGAAGCUCUCUUGUAUAUGGGGUUCCCAUACAAACAAAAUUAAAUUUGUUUUCUCCUGUUAAUCUGUCUCAUGUCCAUUCUUAGACCAACCAGAAGAACCUUUGAGAGAUAAAGUCUUGCCUCACCAACCUGUCCUUUGUAAGAAAACUGUAACCAUAAGUAGAGUUCUUUCCUGAGUUCUAAGAGUCAUUCCAGCAAGUUCUCAAACCUGAGGGGAUGGUGAGAGUAAGUGGAAACCUCCAAAUCCGUAGCCAGUUUGGGCAGAAGUGAGGGAGCGCUGGGGUGCCUGCCUGCUGUCUGCAGCCCAGGGCAUCCUGCACCCUCCACCCGAGAAGUCUGGUCCAAAAUGACCUUUUCCCUCUAAUGUUAAUAUUUUAUUACUAUUUUUGUUUCUUCCCACAUUAGGCCUGACCUGGAAUUAGGCCGGUGGUCAAACCGCAGUGCCUGGGCUGAGGGUGGGGUGGCAAGGUGUGGCGUUACCACCUGUUGCCCCCUCCAACCUCCCACCCUGAACAAGUGGCCCUAAAAUCCGGCGGUGGCCACUGCUCUAGACCAGCCUCGGCUGCAUGAGUGCGGCGGCGGCCUGCCCGUUCUGAGUGUUUGCCGUGCACAGGACCAAACGCUGAGACCUGGGCCUCACUGCACUCCCCAGCCGGCCGCUCAGAGGGGCAGGCGGGAAGGUCAUCUCUCCUCGGCCAGGUUUUCUGGCUGGUCUCAUUAAAUUGGUACAAGACAGAUGAGCAGGAGGAAAACAGUUUAAUAAUGUGUAUUGUGUACAUGGGAGGGACCCAGGAAAAUGAGUAACGAAGAAAUGGUCGGCAGCCGUCACCUCAGAUAGCAUUUUGGCCAAAGACAAAGGCUUGUGGAGGUCACCAGGAAAGGUGCAGCAAACCCGACCGGUUAUGCAGAUUAAGUCCCGACCUGCACCGACACCCUUUCAAGAGACUUUCUUAUAAAUGCCAUUGUCUCUUAGGAAACGUCGACUGAAAGGUUUUUAGAGCUUCUCUGUGUCAGCAGUUUCUUAAAACUAGAGCUUAAAAUAAUAAAUAUGCCGAAAGGGCCCAUCU